AUGGCGCUUCAACACGGAGAAUUCAAAGCUUCUAGUCAGGUUCUGGCCAUCGAUGGCAGAGGACAUCGUCUCGCUGAUACUGUUGCAAAGCAUGUGUUACUUAGGCGUAAAGCGGUGGUUGUGAGAUGUGAAGGCGUCAACGUAUACCGUAACAAACGUAAGUACCUUGCUUACCUGAGAAAACGCUUGAACACAAACUGUGGGCCAUACCACUUCAGAGCACCCAACCGCAUCUCCUGGAGAACUGUAGGAGGAAUGCUUCCACACAAGACGAGAGGACAGGCUGCUUUGGAAAGGCUGAAGGUCUUUGAUGGUAUCCCACCUCCCAAUGACAAGAGGAAGCAUAUGGCGGUCCCUGCUGCCCUGAAGAUCGUGCGCUUGAAGCCAAGAAGAAAGUUUGCUUACCUUGCUCGCCUUGAAGUUGGCUGGAAGUACCAAGCUGUGACUGCCACUCUUGAAGAGAAAAGCAAGGCAAAGGCCAGUCUGUACUACAAGAAAAAGAAGCUGGUCAUGAAACUGAAGAAGCAGGCAGAGAAGAAUGUCGAAAGUAAAGUUCUAAAGUACGCAAAUGUUCUGAAGCAGUUUGUUAUCCUCGUCUCAAUAUCCACACAGGUUUUGGAAAUAAAUAUUUGA